AUGAGUAAUGAACAGACCAGUCAUCAUGGACUUACUAUUUGGACAACAGCUGUUUUUAUAAUAGGAGAAAUAGCAGGUGGUGGGGUCCUGGCUCUUCCUAAAGCUGUAGAAGAUACAGGUUGGAUUGGUAUCCCACUCCUUGUAGUAUUUACUUUAACAUCAUCAUACACGGGAACAAUUAUUGCUAAAUCCUGGGUGAUAAUUCAAGACAGGUUCCCAGAAUACCGUGAUCACGUUCCUGACCCUUAUCCUGUAAUCGGAGAAAAAGCUUAUGGAAAAAAUGGACGACAUUUGGUGACAUUUUCCAUUAACUUCACCCUGUUUGGUGCAUCUACUGUUUAUUUGAUAUUGGCAUCCGAGAAUAUCGAAGAUCUCAUGUCCGAUGUUACUAAAGAUAUCUCGUUCUGCUAUUGGUUGUUGAUACUUGGUGGUAUACUAACUCCAAUCACAUGUCUUGGCACUCCGAAAGACUUUUGGCCUAUCGGUGUUGGUGCGACAUUGUCAACAGGAAUAGCAUGCAUCCUGAUUCUGAUCCAAGUUUUACACGAUAAGGAAUCUGCUCCACCAGUAACACAUUCGUCAACUGAUUUUAUGAAGUUCUCUGCAGCUUUUGGGACCUUGGUGUUUUCGGUUAGUGGUCAUCCCGCUUUCCCGACAUUUAUAGCGGACAUGAAGAAAAAGACAGAUUUUAAAUGGGCAAUAUUGGUAGGAUAUGUUAUUGUCAUGUUGAUGUAUCUCCCGACCACAACUUCCGGUUACUUCGUGUAUGGACAAAACCUGAAUCCAAACAUUGUAAAGAACAUGACAUCAGGACCUAUAACCUACAUAAUAGAUAUUUUAAUGACUCUACAUUUGAUAUUUGGAUACAUUAUACUCAUCAACCCUGUCUGUCAGGAACUAGAGGCUAAAGUUGGAGUUCCUAAAGCUUUUACAUGGAAACGAUGUAUUGCGAGAUCAGCCAUAGUAAUGGUUGUUCUGUUUGUAGCUGAAAGUGUACCUCACUUUGGUGCAAUUCUAUCUUUGAUUGGAGGUUCGACAACUACACUUUUAUCAUAUAUCCUUCCGUGUGUGUUUUAUCUGAAGUUAGCAAAAGGAUCAAACAAUCAAAUUCAAACUCGACACAAGACAAAUGGAAUUUCUUAUCAGAAUGUUGAAUCAACAGACGAUAGCGAUCACGCCAAGCUAGUAGGUACAGAAAGGUCGGUAACGACUCCAUUAAUGAAAGAUCUGAAUACCACAAAACAUGACAUAAAAGACGCCAAUGGUGCUCCUUCACAUUCAUAUGAAGAACAAGACCGAGAACAAACUCUAGAAAUAGUUGUUCCCCUUUGGGAGAGAGUACUGAAUUACGAGAUUAUACUAGUAGGUACUCUCGCUGGUAUAGCAGCUACUGUGGCAGCCAUAAAAACUUUAGUGAGUCCAGAUACAUUCUCCGUACCAUGUUAUAUUAACCCUGGUAGGAUUUGAGAAUAAACCUCUAAACAUU